AGGUAAAUGACAGGGACCAGUAGGCAAGGUAUAUAAGGUAGAGUGCCAUACGUGAAUAGGGUUCGUUUGAGCCAGUACUGCUUAUCUACGUGUUUCUGGGGAAUUACUCGUCAGCAUUGUCUUGUCAUCAGGAAAAAUGCUUUCGUUGGUAGUUACAGCGCUUCUUGUCGGCCUGGUCGCCAGUGAUCCUUCGCCGCCGCAGCGAGGUUAUGGCGGCCCAACAUUCCCUAUUGAUCCUUAUCGCGGCCCACAAUAUCCUUACCCAGGAAACCAUUACCCUGUUGUACCAGGCGGAAACCAGGUGAAGGUCUUAACUGUACCGAAAGUCCAUCGUGAGCAAGUCGGCCUAAUCCAUCAAGAAGCAGUCCCUGUACCGGAAACACGUGUCGUAACAAAUGAACGUGUUAAAGUUGUUACACAGAAAGAACAUGUACUCGUUCCCAAAGUCCGUGUACAGAAAAUCGUCCAGCAGAUUCCAUUGCGGACUAUUAAAAAAGUUGUUGCACCAGUAUUGAUGAAGCACAAAGAAAUCGUUCCCGUGAUUCAGACCAAGGUCAACACAGUUGUCAAGGAAGUGCCCAAGAUUAUUACCAAGACCUUAGUCCGCAAUAUUCCCAGGAUCAAGGAGGUGCCAAGAAUCCAUACCAAGCACGUACACCAUGUCAAGACAAAGGUUGUGCACAAGGCCGUUCCCAGUCCAUUUGAAGUUAAAAAAUUCAUCCACGUACCGAAGCCAUUUGUUCAAAAAUCUCCUGUCCCCAUGGAAGUCGUCAGACCCAAGUAUAUCGACCGUGUUCACGUACAAACAAAAACUCAACUUGUCCCUAAACCGAUGAUCCGUAACGUUGUUCAUGAGAAACCAAUGAUAAAAACAGAAAUCAAAACCGUUCAAAACAAUGUUCCUGUUCCACACUACGUACCAAAACACUUCCAUCACACGAAGGUCGUCAACAAAAUAGUCCCUAAAAUCCAAACAGUUGUCCAGGAACGGCCAGUACCCAAGAUCAUUACGCAAACACAUGUAAAGAAGGUUCAAGUACCAUUCAUCAGAACGCAAACUAUUGUCAAGAAACAAAACGUUCCUGUAACAGUUCCGAAAAUCAUCGACCGUGUCCAAACUGUUCAACAGAAUGUUCCAGUUAAUAUACCCAUCGUCCAAAGAGAAAAAGUACCAGUUCUUCACAGGGAGGUCGUUCCCCACGUUGUCACUCGAAUUCAGCCCAAGAUACAAGUAAGGGAUCGAAUCCAUACAGUUCACAGAACCCACAUCAAAAAAGUACCACAAAUCGUUAAGCAGUUAGUUCCUCACGUCAAGAUCCAAAAAGUUAUUCAACCAAGAACGCAAGUCAUUUUGAAGGAAACCCACAAGGAAAUUGUCAGACCAGUCAAAAUGGCAUCCAGAUCUUCAGUGAGAUACUACCAAAUCCAAGGAAAUGGACAACGAGUACCCAUAACACAAGGACAUGUUCAAGAAUUACUCUCAUCAGGCAGGAUAAGAUAUAAUGAUAUAGGAGUGGUUGGUGGCCCUACGCAUGCAGGGGCUGCUGGAAUCGUGACGGGGGCGUCAGGAAUAUCAUCCAGUAUGUCCGCUGGGACGGCAGGAAGAGUAGCCAUGGUCGAUCCUCGUAUCAGACAUGGCAUUGCUGGUAUCGCAGCUUCCGGGGAAAUCAGCGGCGUAGCAAACAGCAUUGGACAACAACGCUUCGGACACAACAGUGGCGUAGCAAACAACAUUGGACAACGCUACGGACUCAACAGUGGACAAGUUCUCGUGCAAAACAAUGGAGGAGGUGGAGGAUUUUCUGUGGGAGGUCAAGCAGGAGGACCAAUCGGAAUGAUAAAUAUGCAAUCUGAGGAAAAAUCCAUCGGUGGUGUCGGAGGAGCUGCCAUGGGAGGAAUUAUUGCUCAAUCAGGUGCGGCCCAACAAGCUGCUGCCCAACAAGCUGUCCUACACGCCGAAGCAGCAAUGAUUAAUAAUGCCGCAAGACAGUCCGCGAUGGUACAGCACGGAGGAGCAAUGAUUAAUAAUGCCGCAAGACAGUCCGCGAUGGUACAGCACGGAGGAGCUUUUCAACAUCCUUCACAAUAUGCUGGAAUUCACCAAUCAAGAUACCAUUUACCUCGGAUGUAUCAGAACUUGAAUAAGAAUUCAAAUUCACAUAUUUUAGCGAAAGUAGCUAAUGCAUGAUAGGGAUGCAUGGAACCUUUAAGAAGAAUGGCGUAUGAUUCUGGAAUAUCAAAGAAGACUUCAUUGCACUGCACGUCCUAUGCAAAAACAAAUAUCGUUUGAAUUUCGAGGGAUUUGUAUCUGAUGGUAGCGUUUGUUUAUCAUCAUCUUCGGGCGUCGAAAAUAAAACAGUUUACUUUU